GGGAGACACACCCUGGGAGGGAAACCCAGGGCUUGGGGGAGGUGCACAGGUUCCCUGAUAGCCCUCUCCCUGCUUUCUAGCUUGGACCUGUUAGGAUGGGCCAAACCUUCAGCCCAGAUUCCUUCUCUUAACCUUGCUGAGCCCAAAGGCAGAUGAGGUUCCUUUGGAGACCAAGGAAAGGGAAUCUAAGAUCAGCAGCCAACCCUAUUUUGUAUAAACUGAAAUGGAGGCAUGGUGAAGGGAAGACACCGAGACCCUCACCCCUACCUUCACUGCGCCACGACCCUGGGAGACCCCGGCCCCUCAGCCCAUCAUUCCAUCUGUCAGCUUCUGCACCCGCCAUGGCCGACAAGGAAGCAGCCCUUGAUGAUGCUGUAGAAGAACAGGUGAGCAAUGAGAAAUAUAAAAUAUGGAAAAAAAAUACUCCUUUCCUCUAUGACUUAGUGAUGACCCAUGCCCUAGAAUGUCCCAGCCUGACUGCACAGUGGCUUCCAGAUGUAACAAGACCCGAAGGGAAAGAUUUCAGCAUUCAUCGACUUGUGCUGGGUACACAUACAUCCGAUGUGCAGAAUCAUCUUGUGAUAGCCAGUGUGCAGCUCCCCAAUGAUGAUGCCCAGUUUGAUGCCUCUCCCUAUGACAGUGAGAAAGGGGAAUUUGGAGGCUUUGGCUCAGUUAGCGGGAAAAUUAAAAUUGAAAUCAAGAUUAACCAUGAGGGAGAAGUGAACAGGGCCCGUUAUAUGCCUCAGAAUCCUUGCAUCAUUGCAACAAAGACUCCAUCCAGUGAUGUCCUUGUUUUUGACUACACCAAGCACCCUUCAAAGCCAGACCCUUCUGGGAAGUGUAACCCAGACUUGCGCCUCGGUGGACAUCAAAAGGAGGGCUAUGGCUUGUCGUGGAACCCAAAUCUCAGUGGAUACUUGCUUAGUGCAUCAGAUAACCACACCAUCUGCUUGUGGGACAUCAGUGCUGUUCCAAAGGAAGGCAAAGUGGUGGAUGCAAAGACCAUAUUCACGAGACACACAGAGGUAGUCGAAGACGUUUCUUGGCACCUCCUCCACGAAUCUCUCUUUGGAUCAGUUGCGGAUGAUCAGAAGCUUAUGAUCUGGGACACGCGGUCAAACAAUACUUCUAAACCAAGCCACUUAGUGGAUGCCCACACUGCUGAAGUAAAUUGUAUUUCUUUUAAUCCUUAUAACGAGUUCAUUCUCGCCACAGGAUCAGCUGAUAAGACAGUUGCAUUGUGGGAUCUUAGAAAUCUGAAAUUGAAGCUGCAUUCCUUUGAGUCACAUAAGGAUGAAAUAUUGGAGGUUCAGUGGUCUCCUCACAAUGAAACUAUCUUGGCUUCUAGUGGCACUGACCCAAGGCUGAACAUCUGGGACUUGAGUAAAAUUGGGGAGGAGCAGUCCCCAGAAGAUGCAGAAGAUGGCCCACCAGAAUUGUUGUUUAUUCAUGGUGGCCACACUGCCAAAAUAUCUGAUUUCUCCUGGAACCCAAAUGAACCUUGGGUUAUUUGUUCUGUAUCAGAAGACAAUAUCAUGCAAAUCUGGCAGAUGGCUGAGAACAUACACAAUGAUGAAGACCCUGAAGGAAGUGUGGAUCCAGAUCCAGAGGGACAGGGGUCCUAGACGUGUCUGCACUGGAAGUGGGUAGCAUGACCAACUUUCUCUAAAGUGCUUCAUGUCUCUGUAGGCCCUGAUGUCUCUUCUUGGAAGGGUACCAUAUGAUGCUGCUAUAAAACUGGAGGAAUGAGUUGGAGAAGCUCCUUAGUCAUUACUGGAGACUAUGUGAAGAAGGAAAAAUAAACAGCUUCUGCUAUAGCAUUAAAACCCAUGUCUGGCUAUGUUACCCUCCGGUUUAAUAAAUUCCAGUCACCUCUUAUGACCUUUGCAAUUAAGUACAAA